AUGGAAAGAUGUAUCCGCCUUCAUCUAGAAGAACAUAAUCACAUGCUUUGUGUUCCACAGUCAAUGGUGUUCGAUAACGGACCUCAAUUUGAGACCGACCAACUCAGGGAUUGGCUGAGCGACCAGGGCAUAACACAUUGUUUUGCCUCAGUGGGACGCCCAAAGGAAAAUAGCCAAGUUGAAGCAUACAACAUAUUAAUCUCCAAUGGCAUCAAGUGGAAGCUUAAAAAAGCAGGUGGCCUAUGGGUUGAUGAGUUGGUCAAUGUGUUAUGGUCCAUUCGAACGACGGUAAAGAGUUCAACAGGGGAGAUCGCAUUCUCUCUUGCCUACGGCGCUGAGGUCGUGCUCCCAACUGAAAUGUAUGAGCCCACUCUACGAGUGAUGCUAUAUGAUGAAUCGACCAAUUGGGAGGCCAUGAAGACCGCCCUAGACUUCCUUCCAAAGGCUAGGGGCAAUGUGACGCUUUGA